GAUCCUCCUUGCUCAUGUUGUCUCUGUGACCAUGCCGUGAUCGUUUCUGAGGGCCAUCAUCAGUCUAUGUCCUCUCCUUCUUCUCACUCUACCGGGGAAGCUGACACUCUAUAGGGGGAAGGCGCAACGCGGAUGUACAGUGGAACCAUGAAGAUUCUGUGCCCUCUCCUAACUCAUUCAUUCUUCAGGUGCACCCUAAGAUUCGUCGCCUGCUUGCUUUGGAUUGGGUAUACUCAAGGGACCACACAUGUUCUACGUUUCGGGGGAAUUUUUGAGUAUGUGGAGUCUGGGCCCUUUGGAGCAGAAGAACUAGCCUUCAGGUUUGCAGUGAAUACAAUUAACAGGAACAGGACAUUGCUUCCAAACACAACUUUAACAUAUGAUACUCAAAGAAUAAACCUCUAUGACAGCUUUGAAGCAUCUAGAAAAGCUUGUGAACAGUUGUCUCUGGGAGUAGCAGCUAUAUUUGGACCGUCGCACAGCUCUUCAGCAAAUGCAGUGCAGUCUAUAUGUAAUGCCCUUGGGGUUCCACAUAUCCAAACUCGCUGGAAACAUCAAGUUUCGGAUAACAGGGAUUCAUUCUACGUCAGCUUGUAUCCAGACUUUUCCUCACUGAGUCGAGCAAUUCUUGAUUUGGUGCAGUUUUUCAAGUGGAAAACAGUUACAAUCGCCUAUGAUGACAGCACGGGUCUUAUUCGCUUACAAGAGCUCAUUAAGGCUCCAUCUAGGUACAAUUUGAGACUUAAAAUCCGUCAGUUACCUCUUGAUACAAAAGAUGCCAAACCACUUCUGAAAGAGAUGAAGAGAGGCAAAGAGUUCCAUGUAAUAUUUGACUGUAGCCAUGACAUGGCAGCUGGCAUACUAAAACAGGCUUUGGCAAUGGGAAUGAUGACAGAAUAUUACCAUUAUAUUUUUACAACUCUGGACCUAUUUGCAUUGGAUGUUGAGCCAUAUCGGUAUAGCGGUGUCAACAUGACUGGAUUUCGAAUACUGAAUAUAGAAAACAGUCAAGUACUCUCUAUAAUUGAAAAAUGGUCUAUGGAAAGAUUGCAAGCUCCCCCUAAACCAGACUCUGGUUUACUGGAUGGGUUUAUGACGACGGAUGCAGCACUGAUGUAUGAUGCCGUGCAUGUGGUCUCAGUGGCUGUACAACAAUUUCCACAGAUGACAGUUAGUUCAUUGCAAUGUAAUCGACAUAAACCUUGGAGAUUUGGUUCUCGGUUUAUCAACCUCAUAAAAGAGGCUCACUGGGAAGGACUCACAGGCAGAAUAACAUUUAAUAAAACGAAUGGUUUACGGACUGACUUUGAUUUAGAUGUGAUCAGUCUCAAGGAAGAAGGCCUUGAAAAGAUUGGUACAUGGGAUCCUGCCAGUGGAUUAAAUAUGACAGAAAAUCAGAAAGAAAAACCUGCAAAUAUUACAGAUUCUUUAUCAAAUCGGUCACUUAUAGUGACCACUAUAUUGGAAGAACCUUAUGUGAUGUUUAAGAAAUCUGAUAAACCACUAUAUGGAAAAGAAAGAUUUGAAGGCUAUUGCAUUGACUUGCUUCAAAAAUUAUCGGAAAUCUUGGGAUUUAAAUAUGAAAUUAGAUUAGUGGAGGAUGGAAAAUAUGGAGUCAAGGAUGACAGUACACAACAGUGGAAUGGGAUGGUUCGUGAGCUUAUGGAUCAUAAAGCUGAUCUUGCAGUUGCUCCAUUGGCUAUCACAUAUGUUAGAGAACAGGUCAUCGACUUCACCAAACCGUUUAUGACUCUUGGAAUAAGUAUUUUGUACCGGAAACCUAAUGGUACAAACCCUGGUGUCUUCUCCUUCCUGAAUCCUCUUUCCCCUGAUAUCUGGAUGUAUAUUCUGCUGGCUUACUUGGGUGUCAGUUGUGUGCUCUUUGUCAUAGCCAGGUUUAGCCCAUAUGAAUGGUAUAAUCCACAUCCUUGCAACCCUGAUUCAGACGUGGUGGAAAACAAUUUUACGUUGCUAAAUAGUUUCUGGUUUGGCGUUGGAGCUCUCAUGCAGCAAGGUUCUGAACUUAUGCCCAAAGCUCUUUCUACAAGAAUAGUAGGAGGAAUAUGGUGGUUUUUUACACUUAUCAUCAUUUCUUCAUAUACUGCCAACUUAGCUGCCUUUCUCACAGUGGAACGCAUGGAGUCCCCCAUUGAUUCAGCAGAUGAUUUAGCAAAGCAGACUAAAAUUGAAUAUGGAGCUGUCCAAGAUGGUGCUACCAUGACAUUUUUUAAGAAAUCUAAAAUACCGACGUACGAAAAAAUGUGGGCCUUUAUGAAUAGCAGAAGCCAGUCGGUACUUGUCAAAAAUAAUGAAGAGGGAAUCCAGCGAGUGCUCACCUCUGAUUAUGCCUUUUUAAUGGAGUCAACAACCAUUGAAUUUGUCACGCAACGCAACUGUAACCUGACACAGAUUGGAGGCCUUAUAGAUUCUAAAGGUUAUGGAGUUGGAACUCCCAUGGGGUCUCCGUACAGGGAUAAAAUAACCAUAGCCAUUUUGCAGCUGCAAGAAGAGGGAAUUCUCCAUAUGAUGAAAGAGAAAUGGUGGAGAGGCAAUGGUUGCCCAGAAGAAGAGAGUAAAGAAGCUAGUGCUCUAGGAGUACAAAAUAUUGGUGGCAUUUUUAUAGUUUUAGCUGCUGGACUGGUGCUUUCUGUUUUUGUUGCUGUUGGAGAAUUCUUGUACAAGUCAAAAAAAAAUGCUCAGCUCGAAAAGAGAUCCUUCUGUAGCGCAAUGGUAGAAGAAUUAAGGAUGUCACUAAAGUGUCAACGACGGUUGAAACAUAAACCGCAGCCUCCUGUAAUAGUGAAGACAGAGGAAGUUAUCAACAUGCAUACAUUUAAUGACAGAAGAUUGCCAGGAAAAGAAACAAUGGCAUAG